GAUGAAAAGAAGGAGUGCUGAGCGGUCACGGUGAAUUCUACCGACCCACGUUAACCGGAGAAGGAGGAGGAAGAGGAGGAGGAGGAGGAGGAGGAGCCGGGUACCGUUACUCCCGCUCGCCAAGCCCGUGUUGAGAUGUGGAUUUCCAUCCCCCAUGGCUGUGUCCAGGUGACCUCCAGCGACCUCAGCCGCUCCUGUCUGCAGCUGACCCCAUAAGAGACGACUGCAGGAUGCAGUGUGAGGAGGGCACGGAGUGGCUGCUGGAGCUGCUGACAGACGUGCAGCUGCAGCAGUACUUCCUGCGGAUCCGAGACGACCUCAACGUCACGCGCCUCUCCCACUUCGACUAUGUGAAGAAUGAAGACCUGGAGAAGAUCGGCAUGGGGCGCCCCGGUCAGAGGAGGCUGUGGGAGGCAGUCAAAAGGAGACGAGCGCUCUAUAAACGCAAGUCCUGGAUGAGCAAGGUGUUUCCAGUCAAACGGCCAGACGCCGACAACCAGCAGCCCCUCGCUCAGGGGGCUUCGUCCGGCGCCGCGUCGGCCAGCAGCGAGUCUCCGGCCUCGCUCACCUGCCUGAUCCGAGAGUCGGAGCUGCAGCUGUUCGAGCGGCUCGGAGACGGCACGUUCGGGGUGGUGCGGCGCGGCGAGUGGACCGGGCCCAACGGCAGAGUGCUGUCGGUGGCGGUGAAGUGUCUGAAGGCGGGCGUGCUGGACUCUGAUGGUCUGGACGAUUUCAUCAGAGAGGUGAACGCCAUGCAUUCACUGAGCCACCAGAACCUCAUCCGGCUGUACGGCAUCGUCCUCACUCAGCCGAUGAAGAUGGUGACUGAACUGGCCCCGAUGGGUUCCCUGCUGGAUCGUCUCAGAAAGCGUCAGGGUCACAUCCUCAUCUCCUCGCUGUGCAACUACGCUGUGCAGGUGGCGUGCGGCAUGGCUUACCUGGAGCAGAAGCGUUUCCUUCACAGAGACUUGGCGGCCCGCAACGUCCUCCUGUCCAGCAACGAGCAGGUGAAGAUCGGAGACUUUGGCCUGAUGAGGGCGCUGCCGACACACACUGACCAGUACAUCAUGGAGGAGGGCCACAAAAUCCCCUUUCCAUGGUGUGCUCCAGAGUCUCUGAAGUCUCGGACUUUCUCUCAUGCGUCUGACACCUGGAUGUUUGGCGUCACUCUGUGGGAGAUGUUCACCCACGGACAGGAGCCGUGGCUGGGCCUCAAUGGAAGCCAGAUCCUCCACAAGGUGGACGUGGAAGCUGAGAGGCUCUGCAAGCCGGACGACUGUCCUCAGGAUAUUUACAACGUCAUGCUGCAGUGCUGGAGCCCCAAACCCGAGGACAGGCCGACCUUCAUCGCUCUCAGAGACUUUCUCCUGGAGACCAUGCCGACAGACAUGAGAGCCCUGCAGGACUUCGAAGAGGAGGACAAGCUGCAGAUCACGAUGAAUGACGUCAUCACCAUCAUCGAGGGGAGGGCGGAGCACUACUGGUGGCGAGGUCAGAACAGGCGCACGCUGCGCGUCGGACAGUUCCCUCGCCACGUGGUGACGUCGGUCGCCGGCCUCUCCGCCCACGACAUCAGCCGACCUCUCAAACACUCCUUCAUCCACACGGGACACGGGGACACCGACCCCCACCGGAGCUGGGGUCACGCCGACCGCAUAGAUAGUCUGUACCUGGGGAAUCCCAUGGACCCUCCUGACGUCAUGGGAAUCGAUUCAGGAACCGCACGACCGACAAAACUUCCCAAUCGAGCCAAAAAGCAGCCACCGCCUCGUCCACCUCAACCUGCCGUUCUACUAAAGAAGCCGUUCUACGAUUCAGUCAUGGACGACUACGAGGACGAGGACGACGCCAGCGCCUCGUCGGGCCUGAAGCGGCUCGGCGUGUCCCUGGGCCUGAAGCUCCGGCCGUGGGAGGGGGCCGGCGUGCGCUCGGCCAAGAGCGAGGUGUCGCUGAUCGACUUCACCGACGACAGCUUCAGCUCCACCACGCCGUCCCCGCUCACCGAGACACACCAGCCGGACGAGGACACGCUCAAGGACACGCCCUCCAUCCUGGACUGGCCGCUGCCCCAGCCGUCGUACGACGAGGUCACCGCAGAGCUGGAGGACCAGUCGGAGGACCAGGAGGUGCGCUCCAUCAACAAAGGGGCGGCGGAGGAAGACUCGGCGGCUGCAGGCGGCUGCAUGUCGGGCCGCAGCGAGUCGCAGUCGGCCGACCUGUUCCAGGAGCUGCAGAGGGAGGUGAUGGUGAAGCUGCAGGUUCCCAUGGCAACAGGCCGCUCCCUCCCCUCCUCCCCCCUGCCCAUGCCUCUGGCUCCUUUGGGCCCCCACCGACAGAUCUGCUUGCCUCCCCCCUCCCCCUCCUCCACCUCCUCGUCCGUCGCCUCCUGCUUCGAGGACCGGCCGGUUCUGCCCCCCCGCAGCCCCGUCCCCCCCCUGCGGCCCUCCAAACACAGCCUGGGCCCUCGGCCCGGACACCCGCAGGCCCGCUCCAGCUCCAUCUCGCUGGGCGACGAGGAAGACGCCCCCCCUCAGAUCCCGCCCCGAGACCACGCCUUCUCCCAGCCGGGCUCCCGCUCCUCCUCCCCGCUCCCGCUGGUUCCCCCGCCGUCCUCCUCCCCCGUGGCCCUGCCGCCGCCGCCCCUCUCCGUGUCCCCACGCCGGGCGUCCGGCCUCCUGGGGCCGCUCCUGUCCUCCAACAGCGCCUCCUCCUCCACGCCCUACUCCUCACGGCUCUCAGCACCGAGCUCCUCCUACUCCUCCACCUCCCUCCUGGAGCCGCUGGCGUUCCGCGAAGGCCGAACGCUGUCCUCUCUGAUCGACAGCUCCCAGAGCUCCGCUCCGGCGCCGCUGCCGGAGAGACCCGCCUUUCUGGAGAGAUACGGAGCAGCUAACAUGGUGGCAGUCAAACCCAUGGUGCAGCAGCAGCAGCAGCAGCAGCAGAGCGGCGUCAAACCCAACACUUCCUACAACAACAACAACAGCGGGCGGGCCGCAGCUCCCAGCAUGCAACAGGGGCAGAGCAUCACGCAGGUGCAGGGGGCGGUGCACGGUGUGACGACGGAGGAGUGCCAGGCCGCUCUGCAGCGCCACAACUGGAACGUCCCUCAGGCCGUGAACCAUUUGAAGGUGGAGCAGCUGUUUCGGCUGGGGCUGCGCUCAAAAGGCGAGUGCGAGGAGCUGCUGCAGCGCUGCCGCUGGGACCUGGAGCAGGCCAGCACCGUCCUGCUGGACUCAUACGGACAGCAGCGCAACAGGAAGUGACAGCGGGAGGACGCUAAUCUGCAAGCAGAGUUCCUGAACUCAUGUGGAUCGAAACCGCCGACUCUGAGUCACCUGAUGAGUCACUGCUCCAUCCACUCCCGGGGAACCUGGGACAGCGUGCGUGCCUGGUGUCUCUGCUGCCUCGCUCCCUGUGUCUCACACACACACACACACACACGCAGCUUCGUUAGGAGCUAACAGCAGCUUGAUGAAUGACUCACACACAGUAUUUACUUGAAGUCUUGUUAUUUAUAUAUAUAAUAUAUAUAUAUUUUUUAUGGUUACAUGUUAAUUCUCUGUUCCCGCUGCUGCAGACUUUUACUAGACAGGAUGUGAAUGUGUUCAGGUGUGUGUGUGUGCAUGUGUAAGCUUUAAGUGUGUGUAAAAAUUGAUGCCCAUGCUUUUGUUCGAAGCGAUAUAAAGUCAGGGAAGUGUGAGCUAACGUGCAGUUUGUUGAGAUGUACAGGUUUUGUUGUAUAUACGGUAUGUAUCAUUACUGAGCGCGUCGACGCGCACACUGAACUGCUGGACAGAAGAACUUAACUGGAUGGUGAAGUGAAAAUUCCUUUUUUUUUUUUUUUUUUUUGUAAAGGUCAGUCCCACAGAUAUGUUAGCAGAGCCCCGACCGGACCUCCCACUUGAGUUUUAUGAUAGAAAUUGCGGCUGAACCGUGGUGGUCCUGGCGUGUAAAAGGCUCUGGAACCAAACUGAGCUGGUUAGGCUGGAAAUAAAGUGUGUAUUUAACUGACUUUUACCAUGUUCGUUGGGUUACGGUGUGUAAAUCCAUCCCCGUAUGGAGCACAGAUUCAGUACAUCCAUUCGAUCCGGCUGGUUUUGUUUGUUAAAGGUUCCCUGUGGAGUUUUUUUUUCCUUUUAAACAAACAUUUGAGAUCCUGAAUGCUGUAGUUUUAUCUGCCAGCCGUAUUGUUUCUUGCUUUUGCUGGCACAUUGCAGCAGGUCCUGGCAGGACGUCGCCUCCCGCCGAGCUGUUAGAGGUCAAAGGCUCCACAGGUUGCCUUUAAGCAAGGCACGCCAGGCUGU